AACAAUGUAAGAGGUGAUAAUUGUUAUAGACUUUAUCCCCAACACUAAUCCACUUUCUUCCUACCCCGACUCCCGAGUACAAAAUUAUUUCAAGAAUUGUGAUCAAUUCACAAGUCACACCCUUCUUCUACCAAUUCACCGUUCUUCUUCUUCUUCUUCUUCUUCUUCUCCCUCAGGUAUUUCUUUCUUCAAACUCCCAUAUCCGAUCUUCUCUGUUUCAACUUCCAUCCUUAUCAAAUGUUCUCAAACAAAUUGUUAUGCAUACUUGAAACACGAUUAGCAGAUGUUUUUAUCAUUAUUGAAUUUCUAGAUCUAUACUCAAAUUGUUAAAACGGAAACGCUGAUAUUCAAUUGCCCGUUUUUUUCCAAAGAAGGAUGUGGAAUACCACUCUACAGAUCCGAUUUUCACACAUCUGAGAAUAUGGAAUCUGGCAGGGGCCAAGGUGGAAUUCAACUUCUCUUAGCCGCAGAGCAAGAAGCUCAGCAAAUUGUUAAUGCUGCGAGGACUGGAAAACUGGCUAGAUUGAAACAGGCAAAAGCAGAAGCCGAGAAGGAGAUAAGUGAAUUUCGUGCACAUAUGGAAGCUGAAUAUCAGAAAAAGCUUGCUCAGACUAGUGGGGACUCGGGAGCGAAUGUCAAGCGCCUAGAGGCAGAGACAGAGGCCAAAGUUCAACAUUUGACGACAGAAGCUUCGAGAAUUUCGCAUGAUGUUGUUCAAAUGCUUUUGAGGCAUAUCACCACAGUGAAGAACUGAAUGGUACUGUAAGUGGGCCAAACACCAUUCUCUUCUCUUUGCUCAUUCUCUUCUCUAUCGGGUACUCUGUGCCUGGCCAACCUGUAUUGUAUUUCCUCUAUUUUAAUUGAUUGUCAAUCUUCUAUAAUGGUUGUUUCUUAUGUCCUGGUUGAAUAAAGCAGUCAAAUGCUGUGCUUUUGUACCAUGGAUUUUUUUUAAUAUAUAUUAAAAUGGGAUGAGCAAUAUAAACUCCAUUAUUCUCAGGAUGGAAGUGUCACUAUUGACUUCAUACAUUGUAUGUGAACACUGAUGUCAAUGGCACUAUGUGAGUAUUGAU